CUCUUUACUAUUCGAUAUCGGAAAGAAUAACCGCUACAAAGCUCAAACGGGUAAACAUCUAAUUAUUCCGCGACUCCAUUCUGUCGCUUCCUCUUCAGAAAAUAGCUGAGACGCAUAUGGCCUCCAUUUCCAGACCUCAGCGGGCGGCCGAGCUCCGAUCCGGCGGCAAAAUAGUCCGAGCCAGGCGAACUGCCGUUCCUAGGACUCCCUACGAGAGGCCUCCAAAAUUGCUGCCCAAUUCGGCUCCUCAAAACCCUAAUUGGCUCUCGAGAUUCAUUUUAUCUCCUUCUCGUAUGAUUGCAACCGGUGCCGGUAAAGUUCUCUCAUCUGUCUUCGGCCCGGUCUCCUCUUCUUCCUCUUCGUCUUCAGGUGGCGAUUUCACUUCAGAGGAUGAUGCCAAUGAUGAUGACGAUAUCACUUCUCAGGAUGCCACCAAAUUGGAAAAGAAUCAGACAUUUGAAAAGACAAAUGCCUCGAGGAAAGAUCCCCUUGUUAUAGAGUGGAAGAGUGAAACGAAGCGUGCAAUUGAACAGAUUCUCAUGCAGGAAACCUUCUCCAGGGAAGAAUGUGAUAGAUUAACACAGAUUAUUAAAUCAAGAGUCGUAGAUUCUCCCAUCACUGGAGGCCAAGUUGGGAGAACAAACGACAUACCUGACUGGACAGUUCUCAGAGGUGUUGAUAUAUCUAGUAAUCGCUGUACAGCCAUUACGGAGGCUAAAAAAUGGCUAGAGGAAAAAAAAUUGGGGUCAAAUUCAAAGUCAGGAUUGGAGUAUGGAACCUGCACCUUGAACACUGCUAUGUUACCACAAGUUACAGAAGAUGAAGUGGGUUCACCUGCAGAGUUGGCCAAAUCUUACAUGCAAGCACGCCCCCCAUGGGCAUCUCCAUCCCCAAGCAACAUUCAGUUACAAUCCCCAUCCCCAGUGGGGAUACAGCUUUUUAAGGAAGAAACACCAAAUUUAUUUGGUGGCAGUUCUGUGACCUCAUCCAAGCUGAUUAGGAAUUCCUCUGCCACUGGUUCAUGGAAUAUCUUGGAGGAAAUACGAAAAGUGAGAUCUAAGGCAACUGAAGAGAUGUUGAGGUCUCGACCAUCGUCUAUAAUUGAUUGGCCUACAUUAGCUUCAGAUAACAAAAGGAGCCCUUAUUCAUUGGUACCUGAUAAAGCAGAAUCUGUUUCACAGAUGGAACAACAGGGAUUGCAGAAUGAAGCCUCUCCGCCAGAUGUAGCUACCUCAAUUUGCGGACAAAGUCAGGACCUGGGUACUCCACAGAUCAUUGAAGGAGCUGAAGAAGGGAGACUAAGCGAUGGACAAAGGCUUCGACCUUCAGAGGAUGUGAAUAUUUCAUCACCAUGCGUUGAUGUUGAUGUUGAUUACUCCAAGGAUGCUAAUGGGGUUUGCGAACAUUUGAACUGUAUAGUGGGGGAAGAUGCUCAACAUUCAUCAUUAGAUGAAAUAAAUUGUUCAACCAUGGUGGAAGUAGCUGAAAGGAAUGUUGCAGUUGAUGCUAAUGGUUUCCCUCCUUCAGGGUCCAGUAUGGAUGCAAAUCUGCAAGAAGAAGUCAAGUCUAAGCCAUCUCAUGAGCAGCACCAUUUCGUUGAUUCUGGCCAUGACAAUUUAACAAGUGCCCCUGUUGAGGAGACUUGUGAGCAUUUAAGUGAAUCGUACGUGGAAGUAGCUGUUGUGAAUGAAAAUGACGCGGCACCCACAGGCUCCCGAGAUAGUUCUAGCUUGCACUAUGAGGGGAUUUCACAGGAUAUGCCUUCACCAAAUUUAAAUUCUGGCAAGAAUAAUGAUGUUGAGGUCACUGAGAAGCGAUCAAGGAAACGAAGAUAUAGAUCACGGGCCAAAUAAUUUUUAUUAUCGUCUUUGUAUUUUACUGUAAACUAGUGUAGAAGCGAAGAUAAAACCACGACAGGCAUUUGUAAACUGUAGGGAAAUGGAUAAUGUUUAGUUUUGUAUUUAGCCGAGCAGGUUGUUUCCAGUAAAUUAGGUGGCAUCGCCAGCAACCGUAAACUGUAAUGAGAUGGAUUAUUGUUAGUUUAGCAUUUAACCAAGCCGGCGUUUUGCAUCA